UGACUCAAGAAACGGUUGAUAUCAAGACGAACCGGAUGGGCUUUUUACCGAUUGCAUGAAGAAUUAUCCCCUUUUAAACAAGGGAAUUUCACAAAAAAGUCCCAAACUUUUGGGAAAAGUUACACUUUUGUCCCAACAUUUUUUUUUUGAACAAAAAAACCCAGGGAACCGGGUAAAUUGAACAUUUCGGCCCUAUUUUACCGGUGACCUUCAUUUAGCCGGUUAAAUUGGCUUAUGUGGCAAGGACUUGUUUACGUGGGUUUAAUCGAUCUCAUUUACACACAUACAUACACAGUACAACUUACCUCUCUCGUUUCACUUUCUACCUCCCCUCAUUAAACUAGGGUUUUUUUACCCCCGUGCAGUUGAAAUCAUGGAUGACAUCCAUGAUUUUGAUACAAUAGAUGUGGAGCUGGAUGCGUACUUCAAAAAGAAACAAGCUUCCCGAUGCAAAGACGAAUUUCUCAAUAUUCUAUGUGAAGAAGACGAUUACGAGGCAGUAGAUGAUGCUCAAACUGAAAAUGAUGCUCAAACUGGAAACGAUACUCAAACUGGAAUCACUAAAGAAGAAUCAGAUGAAGAUUAUCUGGAAGGUAGUAACGAGGAAGGUAGUGAUGAGGAAUUUGAGUAUUCCACCCACAAUCCAAAGGUGAAAUGGAACAAAAUGAGACCAAUGCUUGGUGAAAGGUAUGAAUCCCCACAUGAACUGAAACUGUGUUUGAAGAACUAUGCUGUUAGUAAGGGUUUUCAAAUCCGUUUCAAAAAAUGCGAUAGUGUUAGACUAGUGGCAAUAUGUGGAAGUGAUCCAGAGAAGUGUCCAUUUGUGGUUAGGGCUUCUUGGAUGACUACUGAAAGGUCUUUCCAAGUCAAAAAGAUGAUAGACAUUCAUAAAUGUGUUAGGAAUUUUAACAAUUCAAGGCUUAUGGAUCCUACCUGGUUAGCUAGGAAAUUUGUGAAGGAGUUGAUUAGGAAACCUAAUUUAAAAUGCAAAGAGAUGCAGGUAAUUAUACAAAGUAAAUUUCAUUGCAAAAUUUCAUGGUCAAAGUGUUAUAGAUCAAGGAUGAGGGCACUGUCAUUAAUUCAUGGAAAUUUGAAUGGCCACUACGCAAGAGUUUGGGAUUAUGGGCAUGAGCUACUGAGGUCCAAUCCAGACAGCACAGUUAGGAUUACAGUUAAUGUAAACCCUGAUAAUACCACAACAUUUCAUAGAUUCUACAUUUGCUUUAAAGCAAUAAGAGAGGGGUGGAAAAGGGCAUGUCGUAGGGUAAUAGGAUUGGAUGGUUCUUUUUUGAAGGGACAGUGUAAGGGUGAAUUGUUAACUGCAAUAGGUAGGGAUGCCAAUAAUCAGGUGUAUCCUAUAGCUUGGGCAGUUGUUGAUGUAGAGAACAAGAACAACUGGAAAUGGUUCCUGGAUUUGGUUAAUGAUGAUCUUGGAUUGCAGGGUGGAAAGGGUGUGUGUGUAAUCAGUGACCAACACAAGGGUCUUGUUGAAGCUAGUAAGGAUAUUCUACCAUAUGUUGAGCACAGGCAAUGUGCAAGGCAUAUCUAUGCCAAUUUCAGAAAAGUUUAUAGUGGAGUGCAGUUCAGAAACAUGUUUUGGGCAGCUGCAAAAUCUACCACAGAAGGAGAUUUCAAGUUUAAUAUGGAAAGAAUUAGGGCAAUAAGUUCUGCUGCUUAUGAUCAUCUCAUGGCAAGGGAACCAACUUCAUGGUGCAGAGCUUAUUUCUCUACUGGCUUGGCUUGUGAGGCUGUAGAGAAUGGGAUUGCUGAGUGUUUCAAUGCAAUCAUUGUAGACGCAAGAAAGAAACCUUUGCUGACUAUGCUUGAAGAGAUUAGGCUUUACAUGAUGGAAAGGGCUUUCAAUCUGAAACAAGAAGCUGAAAACUGGGUUGGUGAAGUUUGUCCUUCCGCGGUAACAAAGAUGGAAGAAUUUGGAGAAGACAUUAAAAGUUGGCAUGCAGUUCCAAGUGGAGUGAAUGAAUAUGAAGUAAGGAAUGGGUUUCAGAACUAUGGAGUUAACUUGAAGGAAAAAAUAUGUGCUUGUAGAUUAUGGGAACUUUCAGGAAUACCUUGUGUGCAUGCACAAGUGGCAAUAUUGUACACCAAUCAAGAUCCAGUUAACUUUAUAAGUAGUUGGUUCAGCAAGAAUAAUUACAAGGCAACUUAUGAUCAGAAUAUACACCCAGUUAAUGGAAGUAUCUUAUGGGAAGAAACAAGCUACACUAAGCCCCUUCCACCCAUUGAAAGGAGGAUGCCAGGAAGGCCUAGUGUUAAAAGAAGAAGACAUGUUUCAGAAAAUCAAGACAAGUACUCUCAAGUGUCAAGCAAGGGUAGAACUGUCCAGUGUAAAAAUUGUCUACAAAGGGGACACAAUAAAACAUCAUGCAAGAAUCCUACAGUGGUUCCAGAACCUCAACCAAAGAAAAAAAUGGGCAGGCCUAGGUUGGAACCUGAUUUGGUUAAUUGGUCAGGAACUAAAAUAGGAUCUAGAGGUGGUGGAAGGGCUGGUGGAAGGGUUGGUGGAGGAAGGAGUAGAGGUGGUGGUAGGGCUCUAGUGGAAGAGGCAAUAGAGGUGGUGCCAUUCCAAAUGUUGAGAGUGAAGGAGUCCAAACAGAAUAUGGGAAGGGUACUUCUGAGUUUCCUAAAUGUGAGCCUGAAGAUGUUGCCAUUCCAAAUGUUGAGAGUGAAAAUGAUGCAAGUCCAGAUUUACAAGAACUUAGCUUAACAAUUGACAACCUAAGGAAAUCUUUAUACACUACAGAAGAGAUCAUGGACUGUCUUGGACUCACUGAAGCAGAAUUACAAGAAAUUGAAGGUCUUGGAGUGAGUGAAGCAGAAGUACAACAAAUUGAAGAUGUGGAUGUUGCUAUGUCACAAGAUGUUGGAAUUGCUAGCCAAAUAACAGUUGAAGAACUCCCUACAAAUCAUGUACUUGGAGAUGAGGAAAGGAUGAAUGGGGAGGAUGGCAUAGAUGAGCCAGGGAUGGGUGAGGUAAUGACGAAUGAGGAAAGGAUGGAUGGAGAAAGAGAAAUACCUAGCACACAACAAUUGAAUCAAGUCAGAAAGAGGACUACAAAGAGGAGCAAAGUGAAUCAAGUCAGGAGGAGGAAGCCUUCGGAAAGGAUAACAGAGAUCCAGUUGCAAAAGGUGGUAGUUGUCAAGAAUGGAAAGGGGAUGAGUUCAUCCAACCCCCUUGGUCUAGAUUAGGGUGUUUCUGAUCCCUACUUUUGUUAAGAACAUGUAUAAAACUUUUGGGUUUGGGAAAAUGUUGAUAGCCCCUUUUGUUGAUAGCCCUUUUUGUUGAUAGCCCCUUUUGUUUACAUCCAUAUAAACUAUAGGCUUUGGGCCCCUUGAUCAUGUUUUUGGGCAUUUACACAACUUGCCAUACAACUUGUUUGGCUUUGGUUAAUAUUACUACAUG